AUGCAGACUGAAGCAAAUACAAUACAACUACAACAGCUGUACGGACCUGUCAUAAGAUCCAGACCGCCUUCAAAACAGCCCAAAGUACCUAAAAACCUGCAUCCACUGUUAAAUGAGGCCAAAGGUCAGUCGGAGUAUGUGCCGGGACCUUUGGCUCGUAUAAAAUUACAGAGGGACUCUAAUAAAACAUCUAUACCCAGUGUGACCCGGAUCCUCCAGAAGACCAUGCCACCUGACCAAGCCUUUUACCUGGAAAGGUGGAAGAGAAGGAUGAUUGCUGAACUCGGAGAGGAAGGGUUUCAAGAAUACAGCUCGAACAUUUUCAGACAAGGAAAGCUGUUCCAUGCUGCCAUUGAGGACACUUUCACCCAGGAAACCCCUUCUAAGGAGGACCAUGAGUGUCCAGCAGAGGUGUCUGGGUAUAUAGAGAGUGUAUCUAAUGUGUUGAAUGAUAUAACAGGAGUGAGAGCUAUUGAGAGUGCUGUGAAUCAUUCUGCAUUACGGUACCUUGGUAUUGUAGAUUGCGUUGCCCAAUACAGAGGUUCAUUGUGUGUCAUUGACUGGAAGACCUCAGAGAAGCCUAAGCCCUCCCUUCGCCAUACUUAUGAUAAUCCAUUACAAGUAGCUGCAUACAUUGGAGCUUUGAACAGUGACCACAUCUACAACUACCAGGUAGAAAAUGGCUUAAUUGUGGUGGCCUACAAAGAUGGAUCACCCGCACAUACUCACUUCCUGAACUCAGAGAAGAUUAUGCCAUUCUGGGAGAAAUGGCUACUUCGACUAGAAGAAUAUGCAGAAAAAUAAAACACCUUUAACUAGUAUAACAAAUCUAACUGAUUCUACACAAUGUGUAAUUCAACUGUAUAUGUUUUACAUUUGAUGCAAAGAAUAAACGGUUAUGUUUUACACAUUUUAUUUAU